AUGGCAAAUCCACCCAUAGAUACCGACAUCCUCGUACACAUCAGUGCUUCAUGCAAGGCUGUUGACGACAUGAGAUACCGAGCUCUAGCAGAGUCCUACGUCGAUGUUGAACCUUCAACUAAGCACGCCAUAAAUGGUUCGUUCCACUUAUAUGGCCCGGCACAAAUCAGUAUCAACACAGACGGCCCCAUGAUGCAGCCAUCCAGCUUCGAUCAGCCCGAUAGUCAUAGUCUGCUAUCUGACCCGCCCUUCGAGCGAUUCGGAACCCGACCCUUGCGCCCUGAACAGGAACAGGCCGAGCCUGAGACUCCGGCGUCGCGCAAGCGACGUCGUGACGACGCCGAUGACGAGGAUGAGCGUGACGAUGCACCUUCCCCCAGCAAGAGCAAGGAGGAGCGCAGAGCUGAAAAGCGUGGAUUUUCUGGCAGUUUUUCUACAGCUUCGUUCAAGGACGUAGCGGACAACCUCAACUCGCCUGAAUUGCGCGUCAGGCAGCAAUCCGCGCAGUAUCAUGAAAGGGAGCAGGAAGAAGAAGAGUCUUUUGAGGUGCCAGACUCGGACCCCUGGAAUCACGCUGCGAUCCCCGAACUUUCGUCACCCACACGUCUGCUGGAGAAUUAUCUUCAUCAGUACUCGAGCUCGCCAGAAUUGAAUGAUGGGUUUGCCAAAGAGAAUGCACUGUUUUUCAUCCUCGAGCUUUGGACCCAAGAGAACAGCACCACGCGUCCUCAGGCGGCAGCCAACACAGCCUCCAGCAGCGUUAUCCCAGAAACGAUUAUGAGAUCCUCCAGCAGCGUUGGGGAAGAAACCAUCCUGAAAUCCAGCGAGACCGUCAUCCCAGAAUCGUCGUAUGGAAACCGUGCUGCAGAUUACGAGAUCGAACCCUCGACCUCCAAGGGAGAACAUUCAGGUGCAGGUGAAGCACAACAUAGCCAGCAAACCCCUAUCCAAGACAAGAAGAGUGCUGCCCCAGAUUUCACCAAGUACGACGCCGUAGUCACGCUCGAUUUCUUCCCACAGCACGGCUAUACCUUCGAAAGCCUCGAGGUCUUCGCCCCCGGUCCACCAGUCACCACAGCGGACCUGUUCUUCGACCCGCAAUCACUGAUCACGCCGAGACUCCAAAAGCUAGCGGCGGACCUGGACAUCUCCAAGAGAUUCCGACCCUAG